UGUUUUCUGCUGGACAGCUUCCCAUUAAAGUUGGACACCAGAACACCCACACCAAAGUCAGCACAGAGCACAACAAGGAAUGUCUAAUCAACAUCUCCAAGUACAAGUUCUCCCUCGUCAUCAGUGGGCUCACCACCAUCCUCAAAAAUGUCAACAACAUGCGGAUAUUUGGAGAAGCUUCUGAGAAGAACCUCUACCUCUCCCAGCUCAUCAUCCUGGACACCCUGGAGAAGUGUCUGGCUGGGCAAUCCAAGGACUGCUUGCGUCUGGAUGAGACCAUGCUGGUGAAGCAGCUGUUGCCGGAGAUCUGCCAUUUCAUCCAUACGUACCGCGAGGGCCACCAGCACGCUGCUGAGCUCCGGGCCUCAGCCUCUGCUGUCCUCUUCUCUCUGAGCUGCAACAACUUUAACGCCGUCUUCAGUCGAAUCUCCACCAGGCUGCAGGAGCUGACGGUGUGCUCCGAGGACAAUGUGGAUGUUCAUGACAUAGAGCUGAUGCAGUACAUCAAUGUGGACUGUUCCAAGCUGAAAAGGCUGCUACAAGAAACUGUGCUGAAGUUUAGAGCUCUCAAGAAGCCAGCCCAGCUUGCAGUCAUCAACAGUUUAGAGAAGGCAUUUUGGAAUUGGGUGGAGAAUUACCCAGAUGAGUUCACCAUGCUUUACCAGCGACCACAGGCAGAUAUGGCAGAAGCUGCAGAAAAGUUGUUUGACCUGGUGGACAGCUUUGCAGAGAGCGCCAAGAGGAAGGCAGCUGUGUGGCCGCUGCAGAUCAUCCUCCUCAUCCUCUGUCCAGAGAUCACACACACCAUCUCCAAAGACACUGUGGAAGACAGCAAGGCCAACAAGAAACUGUUUCUGGACAGUUUGCGGAAAGCAUUAGCGGGCCAGGGCAGUAAGCAGCUGAUGGAAAGCGCUGCUAUCGCUUGUGUCAAACUGUGCAAAGCCUCCACCUAUAUCAACUGGGAGGAUCACUCAACCAUUUUCCUUCUGGUCCAGUCCAUCGUCAUGGAUCUCAAGGCUCUGCUCUUCAACCCAGCCAAGCCCUUCUGGAGGGGGACAGGCAGUCAAAAUGCUGAUGUGGAGCUCAUGAUGGACUGCUUUGUCUCUUGUUUCCGCAUCAAUCCUCACAACAACCAGCACUUUAAGGUCUGUUUGGCCUCGUCCUCCCCCUCCACCUUUCACUUUGUCCUGGUCAACUCGUUGCACAGAAUAAUCACCAAUUCCCAUCUGGACUGGUGGCCUAAGAUCGAUGCAGUGUACUGCCACUCCGGAGAGCUUCGCUUAAUGUUCUCAGAUACCCUCAACCGGGUAAUCCAAGGCGCUGGCACCCACGCUCCACUACGCAUGACACCGAGUCUGACAUUCAAAGGGAAGAUGACCACCAGCCUUAAGUUCAAAGAGAAAGCCACAGAACUGGACACUCGAAGUUACAAGUGCCUCCUUCUCGCUCUGGUCAAACUCAUCCACGCUGACCCCAAACUGAUGUUGCACAACCCAGUGAAGCAAGCUCCAGAUAUGCAGAGUAGUACAGCAGAGCUCAUCACUGGCCUGGUGCAGUUAGUGCCUCUAACCAACACCACUCAGCUCUCACAAGAAGCCAUGGAGGCUCUGUUAGUUCUGCACCAGCCAGAGACCAUAGAGCUGUGGAAUCCUGAUGCCCCCAUAGAGACGUUCUGGGACAUCAGUUCACAGGUGAUCUUCCUUAUCUGCCGCAAACUGAUUGGUCAGCAAAUGGUUAAUGGGACAGAAGUUCUGAAAUGGCUGCGGGAGAUCCUCAUCUGCAGGAACAAGUUUCUGCUCAAGAACAAGGAGUGUGCCACUGUGGGCGGCGGGAUCCCCAUCUGCCGGCAGGCACAGACAAAGCUUGAGGUGUGUCUCUACAUGUUCCUGUGGAGUCCAGACACCGAGGCGGUGCUGGUGGCCAUGUCAUGUUUCCGCCACCUCUGUGAGGAGGCUGACAUCCGCAGCGCCACUGAUGAGGUUCCUGUCCAGACCAUUCUGCCCAACUACCCCACCUUCAGUGAACUGGCCUCUGUCAGUAACAUGAUGGGAACAGGGAGGUCCACCUUGCAGAAGAGGGUGAUGGCACUGCUGAGGAGGGUAGAGCAUCCCACACCAGGCAACAUUGAGGCUUGGGAGGACACAUAUGCUAAGUGGGACCAGGCCACCAAACAGAUUCUCAACUUCCCUAAAAACAAGGCAGAUGAUGGACAGCAGGAGUGGAUCAACAUGACGGGCUUCCUGUGUGCUCUGGGCGGUGUAUGUCUCCAACAGCGCAGCACCCCUGGACCAGCCACCUAUAGCCCACCUAUGGGCCCCAUGAGCGAGCGCAAACACUCCAUGAUCUCCAUGGGCCCCUGCGAUGUGUCCAACCCCGUGGCCUCUGCCUCUUCUUGCUCCUCAUCGGCCUCCAGCGAGUCGCCCGUCAGCCGCUUUCUGGACCGGCUGCUGGCCCUGCUGGUAUGUGGCCAUGACAGGGUCGGCCUCCACGUUCGCACCAACGUAAAGGACCUGCUGGGUCUGGAGCUUAGCCCUGCCCUCUACCCGAUGCUGUUCAACAAGCUGAGAAACAGCAUCGGCAAGUUCUUUGACACACAGGGGCCGGUUCCUAUUAACGAUACUAACACCCAGUUUGUGGAGCAGACCAUAGCCAUCAUGAAGAACCUGUUAGAUAACCACACAGAGGGCAGCUCUGAACACCUGGGACAGGCCAGCAUCGAGACCAUGAUGCUCAACCUGGUCAGGUAUGUGCGCAUCCUGGGAAACGUGGUUCAUGCGAUCCAGAUCAAAACCAAGCUGUGCCAGCUGGUGGAGGUGAUGAUGGAGAGACGAGAUGACCUGUCCUUCUGCCAGGAAAUGAAGUUCAGGAACAAGAUGGUGGAGUACCUGACAGACUGGGUGAUGGGAACCUCCAACCAAGCUGCUGAUGAUGACAUCAAGUGUCUGACAAGGGAUCUGGACCAGGCCAGUAUGGAGGCAGUAGUGUCUCUGUUAGCUGGUCUUCCUCUGCAGCCAGAGGAGGGAGACGGAGUAGAACUUAUGGAGGCCAAAUCGCAGCUCUUCCUCAAGUACUUCACCCUGUUCAUGAACUUGCUGAAUGACUGCAGUGAGGUGGAGGAUGAGGGCCAAGCAGUGGGGGGACGAAAGAGAGGAAUGUCCCGCCGCCUGGCCUCCCUUCGACACUGCACUGUCCUGGCCAUGUCCAAUCUGCUCAAUGCUAACGUAGACAGCGGCCUCAUGCACUCCAUCGGUCUUGGUUACCACAAGGACCUGCAGACUAGAGCCACCUUCAUGGAAGUGCUGACCAAGAUCCUGCAGCAGGGAACAGAGUUUGACACGCUGGCAGAGACAGUUCUGGCUGAUCGCUUUGAGAGGCUGGUGGAGCUGGUCACCAUGAUGGGAGACCAGGGAGAGCUGCCCAUCGCCAUGGCACUGGCUAAUGUGGUUCCUGGGUCCCAGUGGGAUGAGCUAGCCCGAGUCCUGGUGACGCUGUUUGAUUCUCGCCACCUCCUCUACCAGCUGCUAUGGAACAUGUUCUCUAAAGAGGUGGAGCUGGCCGACUCCAUGCAGACUCUUUUCAGAGGAAACAGCCUGGCCAGCAAAAUAAUGACCUUCUGUUUCAAGGUAUAUGGUGCAGCAUACUUGCAGAAGCUACUGGAGCCUUUAUUAAGAGGGGUCAUCACCACCCAUGAACACAUCAGCUUUGAGGUGGACCCCACAAGGCUGGAACAAGGAGAGAACCUGGAGGAGAACCAGCGGAACCUCCUGCAGAUCACGGAGCGCUUCUUCCAGGCCAUCAUCGGUUCAUCCAGCGAGUUCCCCCCACAGCUGCGCAGUGUCUGCCACUGUCUCUACCAGGCUACUUGCCACUCUCUACUGAAUAAAGCAACAGUAAAAGAAAAAAAGGAAAACAAAAAAGCAGUGGUGAGUCAGCGGUUCCCACAGAACAGCAUUGGUGCAGUGGGCAGCGCCAUGUUUCUGCGCUUUGUCAACCCAGCUAUCGUGUCUCCCUAUGAGGCCGGCAUUUUGGACAAGAAGCCCUUGCCUAGGAUAGAACGGGGUCUCAAGCUCAUGUCCAAGAUUCUGCAGAGCAUUGCAAACCAUGUAUUGUUUACAAAAGAAGAACACAUGAGGCCUUUCAAUGAUUUUGUGAAGAGCAACUUUGAUUCAGCCAGAAGGUUUUUCUUGGACAUUGCAUCUGACUCUCCACCCAGUGACUCGGUCAACCACAGUCUGUCCUUUAUCAGUGACGGGAACGUGCUGGCCCUCCACCGCCUGCUGUGGAACAACCAGGAGAGGAUUGGCCAGUACCUCUCCAGUAAUAGAGACCACAAGGCUGUAGGCAGGCGACCUUUUGACAAGAUGGCGACCCUGCUGGCCUACUUGGGACCUCCUGAACACAAACCUGUGGCUGACACUCACUGGUCCAGUCUCAACCUGACCAGUUCCAAGUUUGAGGAGUUUAUGACCAGGCACCAGGUCCAUGAGAAGGAGGAGUUCAAAGCCUUAAAGACCCUCAACAUCUUCUACCAGGCAGGAACCUCCAAGACUGGCAACCCAGUCUUCUACUACGUAGCCCGCAGGUUCAAAACAGGCCAGAUCAAUGGUGACCUGCUCAUCUACCAUGUCCUCCUCACCCUCAAACCCUACUAUGCUAAGCCCUACGAGAUAGUAGUAGACUUAACACAUGUAGGACCCAGCAAUCGCUUUAAGACCGACUUCCUGUCAAAGUGGUUUGUGGUCUUUCCCGGGUUUGCCUAUGAGAACGUAGCAGCUGUCUAUGUCUACAACUGCAACACCUGGGUGAGGGAGUACACUAAGUACCAUGAGCGGCUGUUGACGGGAUUGAAGGGCAGCAAACGGCUCCAGUUCAUUGACUCUCCUGCCAAGCUGGCCGAGCACAUUGAACCCGACCAACAGAAGCUGCCUGCAGCCACACUGACCCUGGAGGAAGACCUUAAAGUGUUCCAUAAUGCCCUCAAGCUGGCCCACAAAGACACCAAGGUCUCAAUAAAGGUAGGCUCGACUGCAGUUCAGGUGACCUCAGCCGAGCGGACACGUGUCCUUGGCCAGCCUGUCUUUCUCAAUGAUGUGUACUACGCCUCAGAGAUUGAAGAGAUUUGCCUGGUGGAUGAGAGCCAGUUCACCCUUACCAUGGCCAACCAGGGCACACCGCUCACAUUCAUGCACCAGGAGUGUGAUGCCAUUGUCCAGUCCAUCAUCCAUAUCCGGACACGCUGGGAGCUGUCACAGCCUGACUCCAUCCCUCAGCACACCAAGAUCCGACCAAAAGAUGUUCCUGGCACUCUGCUCAACAUUGCUCUGCUGAAUCUGGGCAGUUCUGACCCCAGCCUCAGGUCAGCGGCUUACAAUCUAUUGUGUGCUUUGACCUGCACCUUCAACCUAAAGAUAGAGGGCCAGCUACUGGAGACAUCUGGCCUUUGCAUCCCAGCUAACAACACCCUUUUCAUAGUGUCCAUCAGCAAGACUCUGGCUGCCAACGAGCCUCAUCUGACGCUUGAGUUUCUGGAGGAGUGCAUCUCAGGCUUCAGCAAGUCCAGUAUUGAGCUAAAGCAUCUCUGCCUGGAGUACAUGACCCCGUGGCUGCUCAACCUAGUUCGCUUCUGUAAGCACAAUGAUGAUGCCAAGCGCCAGCGUGUCACUGCCAUUUUGGACAAACUCAUCACCAUGACGAUCAAUGAAAAGCAGAUGUAUCCCUCUAUCCAGGCCAAGAUCUGGGGCAGUCUGGGUCAGAUAACAGACCUGUUGGAUGUGGUGUUGGACAGCUUUAUUAAGACCAGUGCCACGGGAGGCCUGGGCUCCAUCAAAGCAGAGGUUAUGGCCGAUACUGCAGUGGCUCUGGCCUCAGGGAAUGUCAAACUGGUGUCCAGCAAGGUUAUCGGUCGGAUGUGUAAGAUCAUAGACAAGACGUGCCUGUCGCCAACACCCACACUAGAGCAACACCUGAUGUGGGACGACAUUGCCAUCUUGGCACGCUACAUGCUCAUGCUGUCCUUCAACAACUCCCUGGAUGUUGCAGCUCACCUGCCCUACCUGUUCCAUGUGGUGACCCUGCUGGUAGCCACGGGCCCGCUGUCCCUCAGGGCCUCCACCCAUGGUUUAGUCAUCAACAUCAUCCACUCCCUCUGCACCUGCUCACAGCUCAACUUCAGUGAGGAGACAAAGCAGGUUCUGAGGCUGAGCCUGACUGAGUUCUCCCUGCCCAAGUUCUACCUGCUGUUCGGCAUCAGCAAAGUCAAGUCAGCCGCUGUGAUCGCCUUCCGUUCCAGCUACAGAGACCGCUCCUUCUCACCAGGGUCCUACGAGAGGGAGACAUUCGCCCUGUCCUCCCUGGAGACAGUCACUGAGGCCUUGCUGGAGAUCAUGGAGGCUUGUAUGAGGGACAUCCCAGCCUGCAAGUGGUUAGACCAAUGGACAGAGCUCGCACAGAAGUUUGCAUUCCAGUACAACCCGUCUCUCCAGCCCAGAGCGCUGGUGGUGUUUGGGUGCAUCAGUAAGAGGGUUAGCCACAGCCAGAUCAAGCAGAUCAUCCGAAUCCUCAGCAAGGCCAGCCCUCUGCUCAGCAUCGACAGGGGUCUGGAGAGUUGUCUGAAGGGGCCGGACAAUUACAACAGUCAGGUGUUAAUAGAAGCCACAGUCAUUGCUCUGACUAAGCUGCAGCCUCUACUCAGCAAGGAGUCUCCAAUGCACAAAGCUCUGUUCUGGGUGGCAGUAGCUGUGCUGCAGCUGGAUGAAGUCAACCUGUACUCUGCUGGAACAGCUCUGUUGGAGCAGAACCUCCACACUCUGGACACGAUGCGCAUCUUCAAUGAUAAGAGUCCAGAAGAAGUGUUCAUGGAGAUCAGGCAUCCUUUAGAAUGGCACUGUAAGCAGAUGGAUCACUUUGUGGGCCUCAACUUCAGUGCCAACUUCAACUUUGCACUGGUGGGCCACCUACUCAAAGGCUACAGACACCCAUCACCCACCACAGUAGCGAGGACAGUGAGAAUCCUGCACACACUGUUGGCUCUCAUCGGCAAGCAUCUGAAAUGUGACAAGUUUGAGGUCAACACACAUAGUGUAGCCUAUCUGGCUGCACUGCUCACUGUGUCUGAGGAGGUCCGAAGUCGCUGCAGCCUCAAACACAGGAAGUCACUUCUGAUUUCUGAUCUCUCCAUGGACCCAGUACCCAUGGACACCUACUCCAGUCACAUCACGGAUCCCAGCUGCAGAACUCUCCGAGAGACUCAGCCGUGGACGUCACCUCAGGUUUCAGAGCGCUACCUUUCAGCCCAUCACUACCCUACAGUGGGCCAGAUCAGCCCACGAACGCGCAAGUCCAUGAGCCUGGAUAUGGGUCAGCCCUCACAGGCCAACACCAAGAAGCUCCUGGGCACCAGAAAAAGUUUUGAUCAUCUCAUAUCAGACUCUAAAGCACCGAAGAGACCAGAGAUGGAGUCGGGUAUGACCACCCCUCCCAAGAUGAGACGUGUUGCAGAGAACGACUAUGAGAUAGAGACACAACGAAUUGGAAACUCUCACCUACGCAAGGUGUCCGUAUCAGAGUCCAACGUUCUGCUGGAUGAGGAGGUGCUGACUGACCCAAGGAUCCAAGCUCUGCUGCUCACUGUGCUGGCUACCCAGGUCAAAUACACAACUGAUGACUUUGACCAGCGAAUUCUGUACGAAUACCUGGCUGAAGCUAGCGUGGUCUUCCCAAAGGUUUUUCCAGUUGUUCACAACCUGCUGGACUCCAAGAUCAACACUGUGCUGUCCAUGUGCCAGGACACCAACCUACUGAAUCCUGUCCAUGGCAUCGUCCAGAGUGUGGUGUACCAUGAAGAGUCGCCACCCCAGUACCAGCCCUCCUAUUUACAAAGCUUUGGCUUUAAUGGACUUUGGAGGUUUGCCGGGCCCUUCUCAAAGCAAACACAGAUACCAGACUAUGCUGAGCUGAUCGUCAAGUUUCUGGAAGCGUUGAUUGACAGCUACCUGCCUGCAGCUGAUGAGGAGCGAGGGGAGGAGCAGCUGAGGACGCCCACCUCACCCUACCCCCCCACCAGCCAGAGCCAGCUCAGCAUCACUGCCAACCUCAACCUGUCCAACUCCAUGACCUCACUGGCCACCUCGCAGCACUCACCAGGUGUGGAUAAGGAGAACGUCCAGCUCUCCCCCAGUUCUGCUCUGUCCAGCAUGGGUCGUACUCGCCACGGUUCAGCCAGUCAGGUCCAGAAGCAGCGCAGCGCCGGUAGCUUCAAGAGACCCAGCAUUAAGAAGAUCGUCUGAUCAGCCAGAGAACACCCAGUCCCCUCACCCCUCCGCCCCCUCCCACACCCCAGCCUGCGGGGCCUCAUGCUGCACUCCACUUGCUCUUUUUAUUUCCUUCUCCUUCUUCAUGGUUGCUGUUCUGGCAGUGGAAGUGAUUUGCUGUUUUGCUCUGAGAAGGAAUCUUGGUAUGGACAACCUUUGAGAUGGCUCGCGGAGGAGGAGAAGCUUCUGUUGCCUCCUCGCUGUUCUUCUCUGGAGUCGAUGUUUAAGCUCUUCUUCACAGAUGUUCAAGAGCCGCGUGUCUUCUGCAGUGACAGUGGUCAUACGAGUGAAACUAAUUAUUAUUUUUUUUAAUCCCUCUGAGGCUGACGGGAAUCCAGUUUGGACAGACAGUUUACACAGGGAGGAGCCACAAAAUGUAGUUUGAUCUGUAACCCAUCUCUUGGCCUUCCUUAUGACUAAUUACUCCUGUGUCAGCCAGAUGACCAAAUGACGGAGGCAUCUGUGAUACGGGACCUUCACUCUGGACCUGCUCGACAUCUCAGCGCCCCUCUCCCAGUCCUGUAUAUAUUUUACAUAGAACACAGAAUAUGUAGAACUAGUUCUUAGUGCUAAUUUAGAUGUUAACGUUUUCUCCAUGGUGUGCCUUUGUCAGGGUUUUUCAAUGUGUACAAUUUGUAAAGUAAAAGUCAAACCUUGCUGGGGACAAAGAACAGGUACUAAUUAUGGAGGCGAGCCGUCCAUAUCACCACGAGUUCACACGAGCUGCCUCAAGACCGGCCUCCAAUGAUCGUCAAAUAUACAAUCAUCCACA